AUGGCAGGGGCUCAGCCUGGAGUCCACGCGCUGCAGCUCAAGCCGGUGUCCGUGCCAGAGAGCCUCAGACGGGGCAACAAAUUCAUGAAAUGGGACGAUGACUCUACCACAGUGAGCCCCGUGACCGUAACCGUUGACCCUAAAGGCUACUUCCUGUACUGGACCGACCAGAACAAGGAGACAGACUUACUGGACAUUGCAUACAUUAAAGAUGCCCGCAAUGGAAAAUGCACAAAAACGCCAAAGGAGGCGAAGCUGCGCGAGCUGCUGGACGUCAGCACCCUGGUGGGCAAGAUGGAGAAUAGGAUGCUGACGGUGGUGAGCGGCACCGAUAUGGUCAAUGUCACGUACCUGAACUUCAUGGCUUUCCAGGAGGAGACGGCUAAGGAAUGGGCGGAGGAGCUAUUCAGCCUGGCUUCCAACCUGCUGGUGCAAAACAUGUCCAGAGAGGCCUGCCUGGAAAAAGCAUACACGCGACUGAAGCUGCAGCUCAACCCUGAAGGUCGAAUCCCCGUCAAGAACAUCUUCAGAAUAUUCUCGUCGGACCGCAAGCGAGUGGAGACGGCUUUGGAGAACUGCAACCUUCCCUCCGGCAGAAACGAAUCCAUCCCCGAAGAAGAUUUCACACCAGAGGUAUACAACCUGUUCCUCAGCAACAUCUGCGCCCGACCAGAACUGGACCACAUCUUCUCUGAUGUGGGUGCAAAGACUCGUCCGUACAUGAGCGUGGAGCAGAUGACCGACUUCAUCAACAACAAGCAGCGAGACCCCCGACUCAAUGAGAUCCUGUACCCGCCCCUCAAGCCCGAGCAGGUCCAACAGCUGCUGGACAAAUACGAACCCAACGCCACACUAGCACAGAACGGUCAGAUCUCUUUGGAGGGCUUCGCUAGGUAUCUGAACGGCGAGGAGAACAGCAUUAUUCCCCCAGAAAAACUGGACCAGAGUGAAGACAUGACCUUUCCCCUCUCACACUAUUUCAUCAACUCUUCACACAACACUUACCUCACAGCGGGACAGCUGGCAGGAAACUCGUCGGUUGAGAUGUACAAGCAGGUUCUUCUCUCGGGCUGCCGCUGCAUCGAACUGGACUGCUGGAAGGGACGCACCACUGAAGAAGAACCCGUCAUCACUCACGGCUUCACUAUGACCACAGAAGUCUCCUUUAAGGAGGUUAUCGAGGCCAUCGCAGAGUGUGCCUUCAAGACGUCGCCCUUUCCCGUCAUCUUGUCUUUCGAGAACCACGUUGACUCACCCAAACAGCAGGCUAAAAUGGCUGAAUACUGUCGCUCGAUAUUUGGCGACGCUUUGCUGACGGAACCUCUAGAGAAAUAUCCACUGGAGUCUGGCGUGCCUCUUCCCAGCCCGAUGGAACUUAUGGGCAAAAUCCUAGUGAAGAACAAAAAGAAGCACCACAAGGCAUCAUCGGACGGCAGCGCCAAAAAGAAACUAUCGGAGCAGGUGUCCAACACCUGCAGCGACUCGUCCAGCGUUUGCGAGCCGUCCUCGCCCGGAGCCGGUUCCACUAAAGAGGAUGCGACUGAGUCCUCCCAGCCACCAGAGGGCGCGGAGCUCAGCCUGAGGCCGCAGGGAAGAAAGUCCAUCGGUGAGGUGGAGGCUGAAAGCGAGGACGAGGACGACGAUGACGACGACUGCAAAAAGGGAUCCAUGGAUGAAGGAACGGCGGGCAGCGAAGCAUUCGCCACUGAGGAAAUGUCCAACCUUGUCAUCUACAUCCAACCUGUCAAGUUCCACAGCUUUGAGGCUUCCAAAAAGACCAGUCGCGGCUACCAGAUGUCAUCAUUCGUGGAGACCAAAGCUUUGGAGCAGCUCACCAAGUCUCCUGUGGAGUUUGUGGAAUACAACAAAAUGCAAUUGAGCAGGAUUUACCCCAAAGGCACCAGAGUUGACUCAUCCAACUACAACCCUCAACUCUUCUGGAACGCAGGAUGCCAGUUGGUGGCGCUCAACUUCCAGACCAUCGAUUUGUCCAUGCAGCUCAACCUGGGCAUGUACGAGUACAACGGCAAGUCGGGCUUCAGGCUCAAACCGGAGUUCAUGAGGCGGCCUGACAAGAACUUUGAUCCAUUUACUGAGAGCACCGUUGAUGGAAUAGUCGCCAACACGCUUUCUGUCAAGAUUAUCUCAGGCCAGUUCUUGUCAGACAAGAAGGUCGGCACUUACGUGGAGAUUGACAUGUUCGGACUGCCGGUGGACACAAAACGUAAAGCCUUCAAGACAAAAACGUCGCAGGGGAACGCAGUCAACCCUGUGUGGGACGAAGAGCCCAUCGUCUUCAAGAAGGUGGUCCUACCCACGCUGGCUUCGCUGAGAAUCGCCGUCUUUGAAGAGGGUGGAAAGUUCAUAGGACACCGUAUCAUUCCUGUGUCAGCCAUACGGCCAGGUUAUCAUUACAUCAAUCUAAGGAACGAGAAGAACCAAACUCUGACGCUUCCUGCUCUUUUCGUCUACGUGGAAGUCAAAGAUUAUGUUCCUGACACGUUUGCAGAUGUCAUCGAGGCUCUGUCCAACCCGAUCCGCUACGUCAACCUGAUGGAGCAGAGAGCUAAUCAGCUGGCUGCUCUCACCCUGGAGGAGGGCGGUGACGAUGAGGCCGAAAAAGAGGUGGAAGCAGGUAACGAACCCCCGUCUGAGUCCAAAGCUGACCCCAGGGUCGCAAUUCCGGCAGAAAACGGACUAAGCCACAUUCCGAUCGCCCCCAAACCGCCGUCACUUGUCGGGCAUCAACCUCAAUCUGCAGGCUCUUUGAAACCACCGCUAAAGACUGAGGACAUCAUCCAGAGCGUCCUUACCGAAGUAGAAGCUCUGACCCUUGAGGAGCUAAAACAACUCAAGGGUUUCGUUCGCGAACAACGCAAGCAAUACAAGGAAAUGAAGGAGCUGGUGCGUAAACACCACCGCAAGACUGCCGAGCUCAUCAAGGAGCACACGGCCCGCGUGGGCGAGCUCCAGAGUCAGCAGCAGCGGAGGCGAAACGCUCUACACAAGAGCCACAAGCGAGAUGGUAAGAAAAGCCGGUCAGAACAGUCGCUGUCCACGUUGGACCGAGAGCUGUGCGAUCUGGACCAGGAGUGCAGCCAGCGUCUGUCUGAGCUAAAAGAGCAGCAACAGCAGCAGCUCCUCACACUCCGCCAGGAGCAAUACUACAGCGAAAAGUACCAGAAGAGGGAGCACAUCAAGCAGCUGGUGGAAAAACUGACUGCCCUGGCCGAAGAGUGUCAGAGUGCGCAAUUGAAAAAGCUGAGAGACAUCUGUGAAAAGGAGAAAAAAGACUUAAAGAAGAAAAUGGACAAGAAGAGACAAGAAAAGAUAAGUGAAGCCAAGUCUAAAGACAAGAACGUCACUGAGGAAGAGAAGCUAGAGAUAAACAGGUCGUUUGUCAAUGAGGUGGUGCAGUACAUAAAACGGCUGGAGGAUGCUCAGAGUAAACGCCAGGAGCGCCUACAGGAGAAACACAAGGACAUACGACAGCAGAUUUUGGAUGAAAGGCCAAAGCUGCAGACUGACCUGGACCAGGAGUACCAAGACAAGUUCCGUAGGCUCCCCGUGGAGAUCCAGGAGUUUGUGCAGGACAGCGGCAAGGCCAAACCGGGCGAUGCCAACCUGACCGCAGUCUCUUCCGCGGUAGCCGAACGGCUCAACAACAAGGCGUCGCAAUCGGAGGAUGACUUUGAGGAAGCCUCACUGGAGCGAGUCUAUGACACGCCUCUUUAG